UUUUCUCACUUCUGUUUGGCAACCGAGAAAAAAGGUCUAGGAAACAUGGCUCCGAAACCCAAACCCAAACCUUCAACUUCGCCGUCGCAACCUCCUCCUCCGAUUGAAGAUCUCUUCGCUUCUCUUGACAAGCACAUCCAGCGAUCCGAAUUCGAGCAAGCCGUCAAAGUUGCAGAUCAAGUUCUGUCAAUUGCACCGGGGGACGAAGACGCUAUUCGAUGCAAGGUCGUGGCUUUGAUUAGGGCUGAUGAUAUCGACAAGGCUUUGUCCGCCAUUCAAUCUUCGCAGAGGAUUCCUGUGGAUUUCAGCUUCUUCAAGGCAUAUUGCCUAUACAGGCAAAAUAAGUUAGAUGAAGCUCUGAAGUCUCUGAAGAGCCAAGAAAAAAAUUCUGCAACCUUGCUUUUGGAAUCCCAGAUCCUAUAUCGUUUAGGAAAAUUGGAUGCUUGUAUUGAUAUCUACCAGAAGCUUCAAAAAUCGAAGAUUGAAUCUUUGGAGAUAAAUUCCGUGGCUAGUUUGAUCACUGCUGGAAGAGCCUCUGAAGUGCAAGGAAUGAUGGACGCAUUCAGGGUUAAAGCAACUAGCAGCUUUGAAUUGGCAUACAACACUGCAUGUUCUUUAAUUGAAAAGAAUAAGUACACAGAUGCUGAACAACUCUUGCUGUCAGCGCGAAGGAUUGGUCAGGAAACACUACUGGAAGACAACAUACCUGAUGAUGAAAUCGAAAUAGAAUUGGCACCUAUAGCUGUCCAGUUGGCCUAUGUACAGCAGCUCCUUGGGCACGCACAAGAGGCCACUGAAGCUUAUACAGACAUUAUUAAACGAGAUCUGGCUGAUGAAUCAUCGCUUUCAGUGGCAGUGAACAACCUAAUCGCAUUAAGAGGUUCAAAAGAUGUUUCUGAUAGCUUAAGGAAACUUGACAAGCUUAAAGAGAAAGAUGCACAAAACUUUCAGCUUUCUCAUGGUCUUGACUUGAAGCUCUCACCAAAGCAAAGAGAAACAAUAUAUGCAAAUCGAGUCCUUUUACUUCUCCAUGCAAAUAGGAUGGAUCAGGCCCGAGAGCUUGUUGCUGCACUUCCAGAAAUGUUUCGCGAUAGUGUGAUGCCUGUACUACUUCAGGCUGCAGUCCUGGUGAGAGAGAAUAAAGCUGGGAAAGCUGAAGAAAUUUUAGGGCAGUUUGCUGAGAAGUUCCCUGAGAAAUCCAAGGUUGUUCUUUUAGCAAGAGCACAGGUAGCUGCUGCUGCCAGCCACCCUCAUAUUGCAGCUGAGUCCUUGUCUAAGAUACCCGAUAUCCAGCACAUGCCCGCCACUGUUGCUACUCUUGUAUCUCUUAAAGAGCGUGCAGGGGAUAUCGAUGGUGCUGCUGCUGUACUAGAUGCUGCAAUCAAAUGGUGGUCAAAUUCCAUGACCGACAAUAACAAGCUUAGCCUUAUAAUGCAAGAGGCUGCUUCGUACAAACUCAGGCAUGGCCAAGAAGAGGAUGCUGCUCGUCUAUAUGAGGAGCUUGUGAAAAGCCAUGGAAGUGUGGAAGCAUUGAUUGGGCUUGUAACUACAGUUGCUCAUGUGGAUGUUAGUAAAGCAGAAGCUUAUGAAAAGAAGCUGAAGCCAUUACCAGGUCUGAAGGGUGUUGAUGUGGAUAGUUUGGAGAAGACUUCUGGUGCUAAACAUGUUGAGGGUGGUCCUCAUGUUGGGGUGACUGAAACAUAUGAUGAGGGGAAGAAUAAAGCAAAAGCAAAGAAAAAGAGAAAGAGAAAGCCAAGGUAUCCUAAAGGGUUUGACCCUGCAAACCCAGGACCUCCACCAGAUCCGGAAAGGUGGCUUCCAAAGAGAGAGAGAUCAAGUUACAGGCCCAAGAGAAAGGAUAAGAGAGCAGCGCAGGUGAGAGGUUCUCAGGGUGCAGUAGUUAGAGAAAAACAUGAACCCGGUGCUGCUGCUGCCAGUUCCAGUAGUACAAACUCAAAAUCAAACCAAGCAACAACCUCCAAAGGAGCUUUGCAGAAUUCAGUCGUGGACCAAACAACCAAGUCUUCAUCGAAGUCAUCAAGAAAGAAGUCGAGAAACUAACCAGAAGAGGGUUUUUGGUUGAACGUUUUGGAUACUUAAGUCACUUUUUUACUAGUUUUCAUUAAUUUUUUGUUUAGACUGAGCUGAGAUUUUGUAGUUCAUCUUCGGCAUCAUGCUGUUUAAAUUGAUUUAGGACAAUCAAUCCCAGGUGAUUUCUUAGUCGAUUAGUUUCAGAUCAUGAAAAGCACGCUUUGUGGAGUUUCCCAUAAAAAGUAUUGUUGGUUAUGAUUAUA